UUAUCUUUGCAGAAGCUGGAGUUCAAGUUUCCGUUAACAGUAUCGUGUAUUCAUUUCAUUGCUUCGGCAAUUGGUGCAUACUUGGUUAUUAAAGUGCUGAAACUUAAGCCUCUUAUUCAUGUUGAUCCAGAAGAUCGCUGGAGGAGAAUUUUUCCCAUGUCGUUUAUAUUUUGCAUAAACAUUGUUUUGGGAAACGUGAGCCUUCGCUAUAUUCCUGUUUCCUUCAUGCAAACGAUCAAGUCGUUCACCCCUGCAACAACAGUCAUCUUGCAGUGGCUAAUCUGGAAAAAGCACUUCGACUGGCGAAUUUGGGCUGCUCUGAUUCCGAUUGUUGGAGGGAUUCUACUCUCGUCAGUCACAGAGCUGAGUUUUAACAUGCUAGGAUUUUGCGCUGCUUUAUUUGGUUGCAUUGCUACAUCCACAAAAACCAUUCUUGCAGAGUCUUUGUUGCACGGGUACAAAUUUGACAGCAUAAACACAGUUUACUACAUGGCUCCUUUCGCAACUAUGAUAUUGGCUGGACCGGCCAUGGUGCUGGAAGGGCCAGGGGUCACGGACUGGCUCCUCACGUGCCCCUCUCUCUUUUCAUCCCUCGUCAUCAUUUUCGGGUCUGGAGUACUGGCCUUCUGCCUCAAUUUCUCGAUUUUUUACGUCAUUCACUCCACCACUGCUGUGACCUUCAACGUCGCUGGAAAUCUCAAGGUUGCAGUUGCGUUCACGUGUUCUUGGCUCAUUUAG